AUUUAUCGGAAAAUUUUUUUUAUAUAUGCGGUGAUGUUUGGCAAUCUAUACAAUCCAUGUCUACUACCCGUCGAUGGUUUGGUUUGGUUUCAAUGGAUUCAAUAUUGUAUGCAAUCGGAGGCUAUAAUGAUAAAUAUCUAAAAACUGUUGAAACAUACGAUUUGCUAACAAAUAAAUGGACUCGGGUUACAUCAAUGAAUUUACCUAGACGUGUAUUUGGUUCAGCUGUAAUUAAUAAUACUAUUUAUGUUUGCGGUGGAUAUAAUGAUGAAGUAUUAAAAUCAUGUGAAUAUUAUUCAACAAAUACUGAUGAGUGGUAUUUUAUAACACCWAUGACUAUUGAAAGACGUGGUUUUGAAUUGGUAUCACACGAAGGGUUUUUAUAUGCUAUCGGAGGCUAUAAUGGAAAUGAAUCAAUGAAUUCAAUGGAAAGAUUUGAUAUAAAAACAAAACAAUGGACUACUAAAGCAAAUAUGACAUCAAAAAGAUAUGGAUUUGGUUCGGUAUCAUUUAUGGGCAAAAUAUAUGUUUGCGGCGGUGAAGGUAAUAGUGAUAGAAAAUCAUGCGAAACAUAUGAUCCGCAAACAAACAAAUGGACACCAAUUGCAUCAAUGAAUCAUGGUAGAUAUUAUUUUAAAAUGGUUGCUUUUAAUGACAAUUUAUAUGCUUUGGGUGGUAAAGCAGAUUUUCCUAUUGAUAUUGUUGUCUUUGAUUCGGUUGAAAUAUAUGAUUAUUAUUCAGAUAAAUGGUUUUAUACGACAUCAUUGCCUCAAAAACUUGGUGAUUUUGGGGUAUAA